CUACAAAUACUUGAGUCACUCCUGCAAGCUCCAGACCUGCAUCCUCCUCGGGUCCCUUUCCACAGGCAACAGCAAGCAUGAAUCCAAGCAUUUGGAGCAAAGGUAUGUAUCCUUCCAGCAGCAUUUGCCUUGACGGCUGCACCACAGAGCACCUCUCCUCCUUUCAGCCAGACCCCGUGCUGUCAAACUCAGAUGUGUCAGGUGUUCCUGUGUCUUCACACAAAGACGGCAAGGACAUAAAGAUGCUCCCGGAGAAUGCCUAUUACAGCAGCAAUGAUGCUGGUUCAAGUCUGUUUUGCACUGGCCAGCUGGAGCUCAGUCCAUCCAGAGACGGCACCACUGGACAUUUACCCCCCAAGAGGCACCUGUCUCCUGCUCCGAGUUCUUGUGGUCACCCUGAGUGGAACUUAAACAGUGGCCAUCAAGCAAAACGUGCCAGGGUAGAGAAUAUCAUCAAAGGCAUGACCAGCUCAAGUCAGGAUGAGGAGUCAGGCGGCAUGCAGGAAAAUGAAAGGAUUCAGGAUCAGGAGCAUGUGGAAAGAAGCCAGAUGACGAGAAAUCACCUUGAGAGUCAGCAUCAGCACCUCAGACAGCUCAGAACAAGAUUCGGCCAUGUGGACGAAACAGCUGACACUACGGACAGCAGUAAGGACAGGAAAUACCCCACCUGGAACCAUUCUUCUGAAACAUCUCCAAGGGAGGCAUUCACAGAUUCUCACAGCGAGUCUGAGAGCAGCUCGAGUAGAAAAUAUCAAGGAUGGAAGAAGAUGAAGCUGAUGAACUACUUCCAAUCCAAACCUGAGAGAUUAAAGCUGAUGGCGGAUGUCUUAAAGUACGAACUGUCCAGGGCUGUCAGCAGGAGCGUCGACUCUAUUUUCAAAAGCAUGCCGCUUCUACAGACAUCACUAAACGACAAGGGGAGCAUAGAGACAGAUACGCCUCUUCAGCCAUCUGUAGGUAAAGAUGAUACAUUAAGACUUUCCUGUUGCACCAAUACAGAAGUGCAAGUCCCAAAUGUUCAGACUGAAGCUCUGUCUCUGGUUGUGCAAAAGCCUCGACUGGGAAGAGCUGACAAGUUCAUCUUUCAGUCCAGAUCAAGAGCUCAGCAUCAUCCCAAACCUUCAGUCCCCUUCACUUGUGACUCCACUCACAACACUGCCCGUCCACAUGCCCUCAGGUGUUUGCACAAUGGAUGCUCCGAAGUGGGUCAAGCAAAGUUUGGCAGACGUUGGAAUUCGGUCAAAGUGAGAUCGAAGGUCAACUCCAGGUCCAUCAGAAGCCCACAGACUGUGUCGGUGGAUCCAUUGCUGCUGGAAAGCCUGUGUCUCCCUCAUGUCAAGAUCGAGUCUGAUUGCCUGAAGAAUAACCUCUACAUGCUGAAUGAGGGUCUGACCACAAAUCACCUGAAAAAAGCAAAGCUCAUGUUCUUCUACACUCGCUACCCGAGCUCGCUGGUGCUGAAGAUGUGUUUCCAUGAUGUGCAGUUCACGCGCUGCAUCACCUCCCAGCUCAUCAAGUGGUUCAGUAACUUCAGGGAGUUCUACUAUAUCCAGAUGGAGAAGUUCGCCCGGCACGCUCUCGCAGAAGGAGUGGUCGACGUGAGGGGUCUGACUGUGGGGAGAGAAUCAGAACUUUUCAGGGCUCUCAACAUGCACUACAACAAAGCCAACGACUUCCAGGUCCCUGACAGAUUCCUGGAAGUUGCUGAGAUUACACUGAGAGAGUUUUACAUUUCAAUUUCAGUGGGAAAGGAUCGAGAUCCGUCGUGGAAGAAAGCGAUCUACAAAGUUAUCUGUAAACUGGACAGUGACGUACCAGCUGAAUUCAAAAGUCAUCACGCUAGAUGAGAACCAACCAGGAGACAUCAUGUGCCACAGUGGUUACCGUCACAAUGUGGACUUACUCAUGCCUUGAUCAGCAAACUAUUAGUUUCUGAUGAAGAGCAUGCGUCAUUGUAAAACAGGUGACUGCAUGUCUCCAAUAUGGCAGACUGAUGUCUGAGUUUAUCAACUGUCUGUUAUUGUCGCAUCAUAAGGUUGUUUUGUCAUAUGUAUUUUGCUAUAUAAAUCACAUUAUGUAGCAAUAACACAUAUUCUUAUUGAUUGAAAUGUAUUUUAGUCCAACACUGAACAUUUUCUGAUUUUUGGGAGACAUUUUUCUCUAAGUAGUACAAAAUAAUGUCCACAGCACAUGAGAAAAACAUGUUUAAUAUUCAGCAGAGCUCAUUAUUACCAAGCUGUAUUUAUGUACAGGAUAUAUAAAAUGGAAAUUAAAUGAAUUCAAAAAUUGCUUAAUUAGUACACGAUGUCUGUUGUAGCAGUGGUUCUGUUUCUCUUCCAUACUCACCAUUCAGAUCCAUCCAUCCACUUUCCAUGUGACACACUGUGGCUGGUUCUCCUUCGCAAAUCAAACAGGCCUUCAUCAUCCAUUCUGUGUGCUUCGAUCAUAAUGAUCCUUGUUUCCUCUCGUUACUCCCGUAACAGCGUUGAUAAUCCAGAGGAAAAUUUUCCAUGAGUGAAAAUCUUGGACCCCUUUGUUUCACAAGUGGACCCUUUGUAAAUGUAAAAUUUAUAUCAAAAACACCUGCUCCUUAAUAACUGCAGUGUGCACAUAUGCAUUUGUGCUCUCAACAGCCCAUUCACUAAAAAACUGCUGGCACUGUACAUUUCUGCAAACCACAAAUAUGUCAUAUUCGCAUGUUUCAUAUGUAUCAUAUUGUUUCUCAAGUGAUGUCAUAUGUAAGCUGAAUGUGGGCAAGACACCUGUCAAGCUGCAGACCACUGAUUGAGACCAACAAACAACAAAACCAGUGAUUUAGCGACCCAUUGCUGCUUUUUCCAGCUGACUUUUAGGCAAGAAUAAUGGUUAUUUUUUACUGAAGCAUUGCUGCCUUUCCUACUGAGGCUGUGCCCCCCAAACCAGGCAUUUCAGGCCAAAGCAUGACCUUAAGCUCUAAGAAGAAGCUAGCUCGGUGUUGUUGUCCUCAUAUACCCUUAGCCAUGCACAAAUUUAACUUUGUAAGUGAGCAAUCUAAUGCAGGGUUGCAAACUGUUUAUACUGUCCUGACGUAAAAUGUAGUGAUCUGUCUCACAGUUAACGGGAAAACAAUAACAAUAUGGCAGCAGAGUGUACAUCCCUGUCUAUGUCCAGUGUUUCCCACAAACUGAAUUAGUUGUGCUGGCCCGCCACAAUAUCAACACUGACCGCUAUAUCAAUUUUCUUUUUUCUCUUUAUUUACUACUAAUACAGGUACUACUUUUAAAAUGGGUACAUUUAACUGCGUGCAGUACACUGAUUCGCUCUGCCCCUCCUUGCCCCAUUCUUGGGUUCUCUCUGUGUUUAUCAGGCUACAAAUGAGAUAAGAAUCAGCUAGCUAGUACAACCUGCAGUCCCUCCACCUCACUCACUGCUGCUUGGGGGCUACUUUGCUGGGAGGAAAGUGGGCGGCAGCCCUAGAGAUGAGCCUCAAAUUCAGCAAGUGCAAAUCCCAGUGCCGGGGGUCACAGCAAUGGGCAACGGCAUAGCUGGGUCUAACCUGUGUAACAGCAGCAACAGAAAGUUUGCUGAUCCAGCAGGGAGUUGGAGCGGUGUGGGAUGAGCCCCCCGGCAUCUGGGUCUUCACUGGCUGAAUCUGAGUUGCUACAGGGCAUGAAGAUUGUCCACGGAUAAAUUUGCAGCCAUUUCUGAGCUUUUUUUCAGAGUUUAAUUGACUUGUCAGACAGAUAAAAAUAAAAGCAUAUCAUUUGAGUUCUUUUUCAGUUAAAUCAACAUUAUGGUAAAUGGGCUCUGAUGUGCAUUAGUGAUCACAUAUAAUAAUAAUGAGCUGAAUG